UUGCAGGAACUUGAAGAAGCCGAAGAAAAAUUGACUCUAAAGACGAAAGAGUAUAAAGAAGCUAUCAAACAUAGAGAAUCGGCAAAAGCUGACUUUGAAGAGCUUAACAAUGAAUUGCUCGAUGAACGCAGUAAAACGCGUCGUUUGGAAAAAGAAGCCACCGAAGUAGAAACGAAGAUUGCUCAACUGCAGUCUCGUGUCGACACUUUGAAAGCAGAUUUGCGGAAGGCGGAAAGUGGUGAGUGUGCAAAGCUAAGCCUUUUUUCUUAUUUGGCAUUUAUUUUUUGCCUUGGGUUAUAUGAAAUUCUAGUUGACAUGGAGCUCACCAAAGCAAAGCAAGCAGCCGAGUCUGAGCGUCUUUUGAAAGAAGGUUUGCAGGCGAAGCUGGCAGCGUUUGGAGACGAAAAUCCAGGAAAGGAAGCACGCCGAUUGGGUGAAGAACUUGAACGAUUGAAUGAGCGCCAUGCCGAAAUCGUUGCGCAAGAAGAUCAGAAGAGAAAACAGCUGGGUCAAUUGGCUGAACUUCAAUCUCAAUUUGAGGAGAAAGACAAUGAGUUGAAAGCGUCGCGUGCUAAGCUUGAAGAAGAACGUGCGCAAUUUGCAUUGCAACAAGAGCAAAACUCAAAGAAUGUGGAAGUGCAAUAUGAUCGACUCCAGAAAGCUUAUGAAGAGAACACUGCUCAAUUGAAGUUGGAAAAUGACACACUGCGAGCUGAGCUCUCUCGACUACAUGCUGAGAUUGAAAUGAGUAGACCUGGCAUCAACGAGCAGCAGCUACAUGAGAUUCUUAACUGGGUAAAUGAGGAGAAAGCAACCAGGGAGGAGAUGGAGGUAAGCAGACUUUAG